AAAAAAUUGACAAUUUAAAUUUAUUAAAACAAGAAUUUGAUUUGAUCAAAAUUAAUAUUUUAGUAAGAGAAAUAUGCACGAUGUUGAGUAUAAAUUUGGAUAAUGAUUUGUUAAAAAUAUAUCAUGCUUUAUUACCAAAUAAUAAUAAUAUAGAUAAUGUUACAGAUCAAAAAGAAAUCAUCAAAUCAAUAUGUAACAUUUUUGACAUAGAACAUAUACAAAAUAACGAUUAUCAAAAUCUUAUAAAUAUAAAAAACUUUAUUAAAAAAAUAUUUAUAAAUGAAUAA